AUGGAAUCUGAUAAUCACAAUGAUUUAACGAGUUUGUGUGCGAAUUUGACAUUGGCUGACGUAGAUGAUGAGGGGAUCGCCAUCCGAUUGCCAAAUGUUCCCAUUGCUGAGCCUGAGCGUGAAAGUGAAUUCUUUGCAGUUGGGAGACUGGUGAUGACUAAGUUGGUUAAGUUUGGGUUUUUCCAGGAUACAAUGGCGGCUAUCUGGCAGCCGGCUAUGGGCGUAACAAUGCAACAAAUCCAAUCGCAACGCUAUCUGAUCCGUUUUUAUCAUGAGGCUGACCUGGUUAGAAUUCUCAGUGACGGCCCGUGGAGUUUUGAACAAUCCCUGCUUAUUAUGAGGAGGGUUAUGCCAGGGGAGGAUCCGGAGGUUGUACCUUUAGACCUUGCGGACUUUUGGGUUCAGAUCCACUCACUGCCUACUGGCUUGCGAUCUGCUGUAGUGGUCUCGGCCAUUGGCUCGUUUCUGGGAACACUGGUGAUGGUUGAUGAACGAAACUUUGAUGGCACGAUGCGGACUUAUUACAGGGUGCGUGUGACGAUUGAUGCCACGAAGCCCUUGAAAAAACAGAUGAAGCUGAAGAAGGAUAAUGGGGUGUGGGUGUUGGUGGACUUCCGGUACGAAAGGCUACCAACGUUUUGCUUUGUCUGUGGUAUUAUUGGCCAUGGGGAUAGGGUUUGCCCGAAGAUUGUCCAGGGGGUAGACCUAGCGAAUGGGAAGCCAUAUGGGGCAUGGUUGCGGGCGGGCGCAAGAAGGACCGUGCCGAGCGUAGGGCAGCGAUGGGUGGGGCCGGAAGUUGAUGCUGAGAGAAGCUAUGGCAGGCGCCGGGUAUGA